AAAAAGAUCUUAUCUCCAAAUACAGUCACAGUCUGAGGUGCUGGGGGUGAGGACUUCAACCUGUGGAUUUUGAGGGGACACAGUUCAGCCCAAACACCCUCCCAGAUGAUCUUACUUAAGACAGCAGCUCUCCCCCUCCUCCCCACUCUCCCUCCUCCCCACAGGCCCUACCUUUCCCUACUUCCUUUUCCUCGAGAACACUCUCGCUAUCAAACAUGCUGUAUAUUUAACUUAUUUUCUCUAUUGUCUGUUUUUUGUUUGGCUGGUUUUGGUCUGUUCUGUUCAUUGCUGUAUCUCUGCACCCUAGAACAGUGCCUCGUUCAUGAUGGGGGCUCCAUAAAUAGAAGUGCUUGCCUUUGGGAAGCUGGACUCAGCAACGAGAGCUCUCUGAGUAUUGCUGGCCCCUAAAAGCCCUUUUUUCUCUGUUUGAUUUUUUUAAAACUGUAUACCUGUAUUACUUGCCUUUUUUUUUUUGGAUAGGAAUCAAUGCCACGGAAAGAGAAGGGGCUUUUAUGUGUCACUGAUAGGAAUGUAAAUUGGGACAUAUUUUCUGGAAACAAGUUUGACACUUAGGUAUCAAGAGUCUUCAAAUGUUCAUACCCAUUAGGUUAGUAAUCCCACUUGCAGGAACUCAUCCUAAGAAAAGUCAAAAACAGGGACAGAAAGUUAUGCAUAAAGAUGUGCCAGGAAGCCUUAUUUGUAACAUUGAAAAUUAUAAACAAACCUGGGUGCCUGGCUGGCUCGGUGGGCGGAGCUGGUGACUCUUGAUCUCAGGGUUGUGAGUUCAAGCUCUGCGUGGGACGUAAAAAUGACUUUAUAAAAAUGGUAUUAUAAAUAAACCCAGAUGACAACAAUAGAAGGAUGGUAGAAUAUUAUUUACCCCUUGAAAUGGUGUUUACAAAGAGUUUCUGACGGUGGGGCAGCAAGUUUUAGGGGGAAAUGGGAAAAACAUAGUUUGAAAUUGUGCAAUCCGUAGGAUCUCAAGUCUUCGGUAUUUUGUGGAUUCUAAGGCACCUCCUUUCCCCAUGGUGUGGAUGUUUCUGAACGUGAGACUGAUACCAAGAGAAAUGGUUUCUUUCUUUUCUUCCUUUCUUUCCUAAAAAGUUGUUGCUAAAUUCACGGUGUGUUUCAUGAUCAGUGGAAUCUUAAAAUCAAGAGCAUACAAGGUAGAAGACAGAUGGGUAGAUAAAACCAGACGACACCGAGAUGUUAACAGGUGGGGAGCGCCUGGGGGCUAUUUUCUUCUUCAUACUUUUACACAUUUCCCAAAUUUUCUAAAACGAACACAAAAUGUAUUACUUUUGUAAUUAGAAAAACUGACUCAGCAUUGUCUUGAGCAAACUCCUCCUGUAAGGUUACGAUGGUCUAAUGCAAGUACGGCACUGUUUUCACAACGGUGAGGGGCUGGGAAAUGCCUGGGACAGUGGGGUCCCCGCAGGAUCGUUUAUGAUCAGUGUCCAUGCGGCGCCGGGUCAGGUGUGGCAGUGGGUCAGAGGCCCCCUGUCACUCUCGGGAGCCAAGGGACACGUGCUCCGUGAGUCUCCUGUGGGAUGUGUCCCACUGUGGCUUGGGUCAGGGUGACCGGGUCACGUUCAGGAAUGCCAACAGUGUCCCUAUUUCCUCUGAGGUGUUGCAAGGGACUGAGCUGCUGGAAGUGGUGAGCCAGCAGAUGCUACUGAGGAAGUCCGUGUUUCCAUCAAGUGUCGCCGAGUGCUGUGCAGAGGAGAGUGACUUCCGAGUGCCUCCAGCAGCGUGUCACUGGCCAGGCGAGCAGCGUGCCCCUACUGUGCGCCAGGUAGUACCAGAAAUUCGAACACGGCCACCCAGAGGAGAACGUCCCAGACUCCCCGAGUGGCGGAGUUACCCAUCUCCAUCUCUGGAGAGCCGACCCGCGGUGUCCAGGAGAGGUUGCGCAUGUCAGCGGCACGCCGAUGGAUGCCUGGAAUGUGCACUGAACAAGGGCGUGUUCGGAAGUGUGCUAGACGGGCACGGAGCACUCCGCGAAGUGGAAAAGGCCCACGGACCGGCCCGUCUACAGAAGUCUGUGGCCACACAGCUGCUGUCGACUUGGGGGACGUUUGUCUCGGCCUUUGCUGUGCUGUGUGGAGCCCGCACCGACCUCCCGGACAGGCACGUAUGCUGUGUCUUCUGGCUCAACAUCGCAGCAGCCCUCAUCCAGACCCUCACGGCCAUCGUCAUGGUGGGCUGGAUCAUGAGCAUCUUCUGGGGCAUGGACAUGGUCAUCCUGGCCAGCUACAAGGAGCAGGGCAUCCCACAGCAGCUGUGAGCCCGAAGGAGCCGCUGAGAAUUCCAGGGCGGUCUCAUGGGGGCCGUACCAGGCCGCAGGCGGCACCAGGACCUUUACGCACGCUUUUCUGCCAUCUCCUGGGGUCGGAGUGGAAGAGGGGUAUUUAAAAAACAGUAUUUAUUUUGAAAACGCAUAUGUUUUCUUGGCAGGCUGCCAGGCUGCCAGCCCCCCCACCCCCACCCCCACGCUCCAGAAAGACACAGGCCCCCAGAGCAUCUGGGGGGGCGUGGGGGCAGGGUUGCGGACAGCGAGACUGGGAUGCUCAGCUCUCCCCUGCCCUGCACAUCUCCCUGCCCACUGUGAGGGCACCCUGGAGCUGCCGGGUCAGGCAGCAGGGGCUCACCGAGGGGCAGGGUGCGGUGGACCCUUCCUCUGGGUCCCCAGCCCCUGUCUAUUUGCGCUGCUGUCUCCUGGGGGCCGCGCCAGGACAGGAAUGAGGAUGCACAUGUCCCCAGCCCGGUGUGGAAAGGCCUGCCGUGCCUUCCUGGGGAUGGACCCCUGAAAGUCUCUCCUGGGCCCGCGCUCCCUUACUGUAGCCUACCCUUCACCCACCCCCCUCCUCGCCGCUGAAAUCUCUGGGCCUGGGUGUGUUUUGACCUUUGUUUCCCUAGAAGGCAGCCAGCGACUCCAUCCCUGGGCGAAACGGCUAGAAUUGACAGGUGUUCAUACACAGAAUCUUCAGUGCAGGUGUGAGCGAGCACAGGCCAGCAGCCUUUCACAUUAUACUGAACGCCACUCCUGGUCAGUAGUCCUCCUAAAAUCCUUGGGGCCGGACGGGUCUCCAAAUUCGGAAAACGUGGAUUUGAGACAGAAUAAGACCCAUGUACCGUGCAUUUCCUAACACGCCCGCAAUCUGGAGCACCUCCCAACCAUUGAGUGCAUGACUGUUUUUGCAGAGAAUCCUGUGAAAAGUCAGACUAAUUGGGAUCAAUAAAAACCAUAAAUAGCCUCACCUUGCUUGGUUCAGGUCAGAUCUUGGCCUAAAUAAGUUAUGGAAGAAAACUUAGCAUUCAAGGGCUUUUGGGGAUUGAGAAUUGCAAAAGAAAAAAAAUUGUGUGGGGUGGCAGACUUUUAUCUGAAAAAUCCCUCUUGCCAGUGAGGCCCUGGGGAUCCCGCUGUUGUUACACAGGGAUUCCUCCCGUUGCCAACAUCUGGAGGCUGUCCUUGUCGUCCACGUCAUGUGGACGUGGGGUCGCGGAGGGAAGCCAUCCUGCCCCAGGUCCCUUCCUCACCUCCUAUCCCUCAUCUAAGCCGGUGACGCUUCAGGGCACCUGCUCGGUGCGUGAUUGUUCGGGAGUUGGAUCCUGGUGGGGGAGGAACUCACAGGAGGUGUUGGGGCCACUGUGGGUCAGGGAUUGCUCUGAAAUGAAGAGAAAGGCGAUCCAAAGUCAUGGUGGACAUCUACCGUCUGUUUUCAUUUGCUUCCUAACAUGGGAAUUGCUAAACUGUGGGACUGGCCCAAAGCUGUUUGCAACCCCACUGGGCUCCCCGAGGGAGCUCUUCCUGUCUGUCAGAGACUCAGAAUGUGGCCUCUUCCCCAUGGCUGGAUGGGUGUGCUUGGGGAGCCUGCAGCUGGACAGGCCCCCUUGCUCCCCGAGCCCAGUCACCUCACCCGCUGGGCUUUCUGAUUAUUGUCCUGCCAGGGAAGUGGGCCUUGGGCUCCCUGUGGAUUGGGCAGCUCUCGGCACCCAUGGAGAAACAAUCCCCUGCCCCACUCCCCGAUCCUGCCCCCCUUCCCUCCUGAUCCCAGCCUGGUGUCUGCUGCUUCUCUCGUGUUUGGAAUCCUGUGCGUUUUUAAGGUGUGGGACCAGCUUUGGUUUUAUCCAGAAAGCCAGAAGCUUUUGGUGUGUGAAGACGGCAUCCUAUGGGCCGAGAAGACAGCAGCAGGUGGCUCCUGGCUGCGCCCCGGGAGGCUGCAUCAGAGAAGGGAGCCACCCCUAUAGCCAGGCCAGAGCAGCUCGGGCUGAGGGCUGGGCCGGGCCCUUCACCCCACACGCCCAGAGGGAUGCCCGGCCUCGGGCACAGCCCCCAUCAGUGGGAGCCGAGGAUCUUGCUUUCCUGGCUCGGGCUGGGGUGGCUGCUGAGGGGGAGAGAAGAGACAGCAAUUUGUGCAGCAUGUUUGGUGGUGAUCCAGACACAGGUGGGGGUUUCUUGAGUGAACCCCGGCACAGGAUGGCUCAUACAGGGGUUUGUGGGCUCAGAAGGACAGUUCCACCUCGGCCCCUGAGGCUCCCCUCGGCCCCAGCUGCUUCCAAACUUGAGAGGACGUCAGCCUCUGGAGGAAGCCCUUCCCGCGUAGCUGAUGUGUGCGAGGAAUGGGGGCACCCCGGUCCUCUGAACCCCCAGUCUGUGAGGAUGGCCGUGCGGAGGAGCAGCUCGAGACAGCGACUUUCUCCAUGAGACUAUGGCCCAAGCGUCACCGGCUUAGAUGAGGGAUAGGAGGUGAGGAAGGGACCUGGGGCAGGAUGGCUUCCCUCCGCGACCCCACGUCCACAUGACGUGGACGACAAGGACAGCCUCCAGAUGUUGGGUCCUUGCUAGGCUCGGUGUGGUGCAUCUGACCCGCGGUGACCCUUACCAACAAUCCUGGCAGGGGGGCCGUGAGUUUGCGGACCUUCCAGGUGUCAGGACUGAGGCGCCGGCAGAGCAAGGCCCCGAACACCGUGGCGUAGCUGACACGGCCUGCAGCGAAGUCUUGCAGCCGAGGGGAAGGGGUCUUGGGGGUUGGAGGGUUCUCUGGACCUCCUUGCCUGUGCAGAAGUAGCAGGUGACGGGAAGGGGUCUUGGGGGGCUGGCUCCACCACAUGCUGUCCUGGGCGGCCCUCCAACCUGCAGCCCGGAGUGGGCAGGGGACCUGCUCCAGGCCCCCGACCCCCCACUUCCCAGAGGCUUGGCUGGGGCUUGGGCCUCAUGCAGACGUCACGAGGCCCAAGCCACAGUGAGGAGCACAUGAACUCUAGAAGGUCGAGGAAGCCACACGGUCAGAAUUUCCCCCGGAAAGACCUAGACCUAAGAAAGAAAAGCCAAACACUGAGCCCCCAGGCCCAAGAGAAUGCCUUCCGAAGGCCUGACUCUGGAGGAGGACGCGAGGGGUCCACUGAGGUGGUCCUCCUGCGCCAGCCCAGCUCUUUAAAAUCCCCCCAAAAGAUCUACAAUUUUUUGGGGGGUGAACCCCAUCCUCACGCAGAUGGGGUGAGUUUGCAAGGGUCACUUGGGUGUGGGCCUGGCCCCAGCCGCUGGGCCUAGGGCCUGAGCCAGCGUGGGGCCCCAUCCUGCUCCCGGGGCCCGGAGGCAUUCACGACCCUGGAUGUUUUUCUCUGGUUGGUGAUGCUGACCACUUCGGCAUUGUGGAAAUGGCUUGGGGAUGUAUAAUCUAAAUGUUAGUCCCCAGUCUGUGGUCACAGGCCCUUGUUGACCCCUCUUGCUGGUUUGUUUGGAGGGCUUUCAACAGAGGGAUUGGAGGCUUAGAGCACCCCCAGCUGCACUGACCCUUCCUGGAGACCGUGACCUCGCAGGGGGUGGGGGAGCCGUGUGAGCUGCUCCUCACGAACCUGCUCGAGGCUGAAGGGAGCCAGGGUGCCACCUUCUCAGUGGCCCCCCUGUGCUGCCAUUAGGCAGUUUUCCCAAGCGGGGCUCCGUGUUCCACAGUUGUGCAUCCAGCAAGCACUCAGCGGGCACCGAUGCACCUGAGGGGGGCUCCCAGAGAGCAGCACCCUGGCCGCCGCGGCACAGCACCUGCCCUUCCUGCCCGCACAGGUGGAACAGCAAGGCGAGCGGAGGCAGGAGGGGCGCUUCUCCCCGCGGAGGAGGCCGCUGCGUGUGGCCAGGAGGCCACGAGGCCAGGCAGCCAUGAGGCCAGGCUGUGGGAAGGGGGACUGGGGGCCUCCCGAGCAGGUGGGCGCUGGUCGGGGUCCGCGUUUUUCACCUUUUGGGCUCUGAGAGCUUCAGAAUGUCUGUGGGAUCACGGAGGCAUGCAAGCCGGGCCGGACUCGCGAAUCUGCCCUAAUCCCUGUGCUGAUGCGUGGGGAAACCCGUGCCGCAAACACUGGGGCGAGUUCAAGCCUCAGUGCUGUUUGUCUCUCCUCCCGUCUCGUGCUUCAGUUGGACCAUCCGUAGGCGGGGCAGGAGGGACUGGGAAGCUGAUGCCGGUCCCAUUUCUGUCAGAGCAGAGGCCUUGGAGGACAGGCCCAGGGCCCUGCAGCCGCGCUCCUGUGUGGGCCUCAUGGACUUGGCACGCAGGGACUCUUUCUAGUGACAGACAUGGGCGCUCUCUCCCCUCCUGAUCCAGUCACACGGGAGGCUGAUGACAGGGCUGUCCUUGUAGGUGUCCUGAGUUUCCUGUACAAGUUGUCUCUUUAGGUUUAGUCCCCAGUCCUUCUCCCUGCCUGCCUGGAUUUGCCAACAUGCCAGCCAUCCCCAGACCAGGUCACCGGCACCCUAGGCCGGCAGAAGCACAGACACAUGCACACUCUCUCACACACGCAUGUGCACACACGCCCCCCCCCCCCCCCCGCGCCACAUGCUCACAGCCCCUCCAGCUGCUGGGUGAGGGCAGGUCUCAGGAUUGAGACCUUAACAUCUGCAGAGAGGCCCUCACACUGCCUGGGAGCCAUCCCUCCAGCGUGCGCCCUGGCAGGCGGCACUUGUCCUUGUCACCCCACCCAGGGCCCAGACACACACAGUUCCCUUGAUCCGAAGGGCCCCUGGGCCAGGAGCACUUCCUACCGGGGUCCAUGGCUCCACACCCCCGGCCACCAAACCUGGCUGGCCUUCUGUGGGAGGGAUGACAUGGGUCUCCCAGAGAGGAGGGGACCGUGAGCCCUUUCUGGGCUCUUCUGGGGCUACAGUCAUCCCCACCAUCCCCCCCGUCCCCCGGCCCCAGGAUGAGAAGCAGUGAGGAGAGAAGGGGGCAGAGGUCACGCCCACCCUGCUUUCUGGGUGAGCACCUGGCCGGGUGUCCCAGCCAGGGAGGUGGCGUGGUCGCCGUAAGUGGCUGGGGCACCCCGUGGACACACUUGGUGGGCCCUUUGCACGGGCUAAAGUACACAUGCCAUUGUAAAUGGUGCCAAAUCUUUGAAAACAACGUACAUAAAAACAACACUGGUUCUGUGCAUAUUAGCUGAAUUUAUAUUUGGAUGAGUGUUGUGCUGUGAUUUGUAGUUUUUGAUAUGUGAGCGACUUUGUUUGGGUCUGUCUUCCUCCCCUUAAAGGAAUCGCUGUCCGUUUCUGUUGUUCUCUGCUGAGACCCUCUCCCCGACCUCUCAGGGCUUCCUCAAUUUACUUCUGCCCAGAUCCUCGGGGGCCACCCCCCACCCCCAGCCACUUCCCCUGUGAUCCUAGCCAGCCAAGGGGGUCUCCAGCCCAAGCCAGUGACUGGAGCCUUCUUUGGUUCCACGAGAGGAAGAAAUUCUCCAGCUGGGGACCUAGGGAAGCUUCUAGACUUGCCGCCUGGGGCCCAGGCCGGCCUGCGGCUUGGCCUUCCCCGCACCUUCAGGACCGAGCCCCCAGCAAUCUCGCCCGCCCCCGCUGCUGCCCGGGUCCCCAGGGCCCCUGGAGGCAGGGUCCCAACCUCCCCAGCGCCCCGCCAGCUUCGGAAGUCCCAGCUCAAGCACCGUUGCUGUCCGUGUAAUGGGAAGCAGUGCGCAUGACUGUCAAAUCCUGUGUACAUAUCUCCAUGUACAUAUUUAUAUAUUCCGAUUAUAAAUAUGCAAAGCAUGGCAUCUCUUUGGCAUUCCAAGUUUGUGUUUUUUUAAAUCCUGAAAAUACGGCUUUAGAAACUUUUUCUUCCUUUCCCUCUUUUCUAUGUAAUAAACAUAUUUCUAUGUAAUAAAAAUAAAGGUCACUCAUGUGACCUUUCUGGUGGCUUCUCAAA